AUGGCCAGAGAAUCUUGCAUUGAUGUGAGAAGAACCAUCAGUUGCUGUGUGGAGACAGGACAUUUAGACAAUUCAACCAAGGAUCAAUUGGAAUAUGCUAGUAGUCAACUAGUUCCUUUACUUCUGUUUCUACGUGUUCUGGAGAAGGAUAACUUUGAGAAUGUGAUAUCUAAAAAUCUUAGGCCCUUAUUCAGAGAAGCUGACCAUGGCUUUUCUGAGAUACAUUCUCACAUGAAGGAUCAAGGCCUGACGAGUGAUACUAGAAGAAUGAUUUCAGAGGCGUUAAAAAUAAUUGAACUCGGAAACGUUGCUGAGCAAAUCAAAGCUUCAAAGACAUUCAGACCAUCUAUCCCAAUCACUGUGGAUAUGGUGAAGCACGUAGUAGCGUGCCUUGAUGGUGCUUUUCAACUGGCAAACAUCGUAAAUGUUGAUCCAAUUCCACAGGAAAAGCUGGAAAACUUGGAAAAUCUAGGAUGCUUUCUCAUGGUUACUGCAAAGUGGUGCAUUGAACAUGAGAAAAUGAAGGAUCUCUUCAACAUCGCUGAGGACGUAGCUUAUACUGCCGCCUGCACAGCUAUCACAUUUCAUACGAGUGCUAAGAAAUCUCAACAUCGGGAAUGCUUUCUUAAGUUUUCAGAAUUGCUGGAAAGGAUAAACCCUAUUAUUAAGCCUGAGUUUAGGCACCUUUAUAUCAGUGUCUUGAAAGCAUCAUAUUCAUCCAGAUCAAAAAUUCCAAUGAGAGGUGAUAGUCUUCGGUAUCUAUCCGAUGAUGUGCUUGUGACUUGGAAGUUUACUCAUUUUAUCAGAAACAAUCUGGAAACGCUACGACGUCAUAAAGCCAUCUUAACUCAUGUUGCCUUUUCUGGUCGAUUUCAAUGGCUCCUUCUUGGACAACAUAAGCUUUGUCAAUUUCUCUCUCACUUGAAAGACAAAAAGAUUCAGUAUGAAGAAUUACUUUCUUUUUUACUAUCUUAUAUGGAAUCUCUAGCCAUUGAGGCAGCAAGUGAAAUCUACUCCUUGUAUGAAGUGGAUUUGGAGAAAAAUAUUGAAAUAGACAGUAUGCUUCUUCCCUUGCGGGUGAAGUUUAAUCAUUUCAAAUUAGAGAGAAUUCUUUUUGAGAAACUAUCAAAAACCAUGAUAGAUCUUCCAUAUCUACUGACUUUCUUUAGAACUUUUCUCAUGGAUACAUUGGAGCAGUGCAAAGAUCAAGCUCAGCUAACUGAUGUUUUGACCCUAAUUCAAUCUGCCACUACUGUAACAAGGGAACUUGUCGAUUCUCUUUCUGGACAAUUGUUAUGGGAAACUAAUCUCGUGCAGCAUCACUUGCAUAUAAAGUAUAAAUUUUAUAGGACAGCAAUUAGACAGAUAUGUCCCGUCUUUUCAUCAUCAACACCAGAGCAUCCUACAAUAAAUCUGCUGAACUUUCUUCCUGUUAACUUUGAGGACAUUGAUUUAUAUUUAACCAUUCUGAGAUUCCCAGCAACAUCAUCCCUCCCAAAUAACCUGGAUUUUAAUGAGUAUUUCAUGGGGUUGCAGGGAUAUAUUCUCGAAAAGCUACUACUCAACGAUGAAGUCAAUCUAAAACUUACUAAUACAGAUAUGGUCAAAAGGCUACACAACGGGUUGUUGGUCCUGGUAACAUUUCUUCAUGAUCCCACUACUGAGUACAUCGAAUACAAGAACCAAAAUGAUCUCUCGACAGAAAUUGGAACCAUAGUACUUGAGGCCGAAGCUGCUAUCCGUUUAUCUUACGAGGAUGAUUUUGAUAGCAGCAAAAGUAUGAAGCUCAAUCUUGUGCUUCAGCAUUUGACUAUUGCUUUCAGCCUAAUCAAGUCCGAGGGAAUCUUCAUGGAUCUACUAAAGCACAAAUACACUUUGGAAAGUCAAGUUCAGGAUCUGAUAGAAAAUACUCACGAAGAGCUUAUGUUCUUUAGAGCCUUUCUUAUAGAUCUUCUUAGGCAACAAAAAGAGCUUGAGAAAUUGGAUGAUCUCAUAAAGCAUGCUGAAGUUGCUGCCCGCAAGGCAGCAUUAAUUAGCCGUUGUAGCUAUGGAAGUUUCAUGGAUGGAAGCAGCUCCGGGAAAAUAUCUGAUUUCCUAGAGGAGAUCGAGUCUGUCAAGGUAGUGGUCAGAGAAAUAUGCUUUGAAAUUCUUGAUACUUCACCUUGCAAUACGGCAUUAAUAGAUGUUGAAGGCCUUAUCAACUUUUUAUUAGACCACCUGGACAGAAUGCUUGACUGUGAUGUUGUUUCAGUCUCUUGUUUGAAGAACAGAAUCCCAGUAAUCAAAGAGAGACUAGUGUACUGGGGAUCUUUUCUUGCAGAUAUUGUACAGUACCGCAACAUGCAUCAAGAACUCCAACACCUUGUCAAACGUGUUCAGGAUGUUGCUAAUGGUACAAGGUACGUCUUUAACUUCUCUUUCAAGGGCUAUGUACCUGCUUGGUUUAACAUGCUAUGUCUCUCCGAUGUCAAGCAAUUGCUCAAGUAUGUCGAGGAAGAGAUCAAAAUGGUUUGUUUUGAAGUUCCCGAUUUGUCAAGUUAUACCUUCCCCAAGACAAAUGGAUUAGGAUUUAUUGAAAUUUUUUUGGAAAAACUGGAGGAGCUUUUAUCUUCUAAGAUCAAUUCGAUCAUUGAAUUGAAGCAUCAGAUUAGAUCAGUCAAAGAGGGCUUAUUGUCACUGAGAGUUCAUUUUGCAGCAAAUAAUGAGCAUGAUGAAGUUUAUUGUCUUGUGACAAGUGUUACUGAAAUGGCGUACAAAGCAGAGUAUGUCAUUGACUCCUGCUUAGUCAGUUCUCAUUGUUUAUGUUUUCCUGCAAAGAAGGGAUGCUUAUUUCCCUUUCUGCAAAGAAUAAAAUUCAGAUAA